CAUGUUUUGUACAAGAAAUGUCAGCCAGAAAGGGCUAUCUGCUCCCUACGCCAAAAUACACCACAAUAAUGUCAUGUUCGGACAGCCCGUCAGGAAAUGCCUUUUUAGUGGAUUCUCUGAUCAGUGGUCGCACCGAGAGCGGCGGAGGUCACUACGCAGGGAGCGCGGUGUGCUUACCUCAUAGCACCGCUGCAGAAGUGCCUUACGGACUACACAACUAUGGAUACUUCCCAGGUAUGGGCAAGCGGAGCGAGGUGGGUCCCCAAAACAUGGUUUCCGCUUCAGGGACGUACAUGCCCAGCAUGGAGAUGUGGAUGGACGCGCAGAGGUCAUGCCGAAUGGACCAAGAGCACCCGGUAGGUCCCCAGGUCGCGCCCUGCUCCUUCCCGCAGAACAUUAAGGAAGAGAGCACCUACUGCCUGUAUGAGCAGCCGAAGUGCCCUAAAGCCUCCACGGCCGAAGAUCUUACAUAUUCGAGAUUAACUGCAGCCGGCCUCGGGUCGAGUUCUUGUACAGUUACCGAUGGCGGCGGCGGGGGCUCAGUGCCUGUGCCGGGCUACUUCCGCUUGUCUCAGACGCACGCACAUUCUCAUAAACUUUACAACACCAACGGCCCCCAGCCGAACCCUUCCCAUUCUCAUUUUGGCCUACACCCCACUGCUCCCGCGCGCUUCCACACGCCACCAACCUCGACUUCUGCUCCGGCCACGGCGCAGGAGGGAAGGAACACCGCGGAGCCCGUGUCCUCGGCAAAAGCAGACGCGCAGCCUCACGCUGCACCGGGGACCGAGGAGGCACGAGAGUCCUCGGAUGCAGAAGCCUCCUCAGCUGACGAAGCGGAGGAGCACGACAAAGACACCCAAGCAAAGACCCCCAAAGGAGACACAAAAAGUGAAAACACGGCCAACUGGCUGACAGCAAAGAGUGGCCGGAAGAAACGCUGCCCGUACACCAAGCACCAGACUCUGGAGCUGGAGAAGGAGUUUCUCUUCAACAUGUAUCUGACCCGAGAGCGCCGCCUAGAGAUCAGUAAAAGCGUCCACCUGACGGACAGGCAGGUUAAAAUCUGGUUCCAGAACCGCAGGAUGAAACUGAAGAAAAUGACGCGGGAAAACAGGAUCCGGGAGCUCACUUCCAACUACGGAUUUUCGUGAUGAACGAGGUGAUCACAUUGAAAUAGAA